UAAUCCAAAACCCCCAACGUCCACUUUCAAAUUUCACAUUUUCAAAAAACACAAACCCUCUUUCUUUCUCGUCGACUCUAUCUUCUUCUUCUUCUUCUCUUUCACCGAAUCCCUUUCAACAAAACCCUAAUUCCCUUCAACCAAUAACAUUUCUUACAGAUCCAAGAACAAAAGCCGUUUUGACCUCGCUAGAAAUGGAGCACACUGAAACGAGCGCCAAGAAUCCAGAUUCAACGCAAUGCGUUCGAGUCGCGGUGAACAUUCGACCUCUUAUUACGGCUGAACUUCUUCACGGAUGCACCAAUUGCAUCACUGUUCCUCCCGGUGAACCUCAGGUGCAAAUUGGGACACAUGCGUUUACCUAUGAUUUUGUGUAUGGUAGUACGGGAUCUCCAUCUUCAGCCAUAUAUGAUGACUGUGUGGCUCCGCUAGUUGAUGCGCUGUUUCAUGGAUACAAUGCGACUGUUCUUGCUUAUGGCCAGACUGGAUCUGGUAAGACCUACACGAUGGGAACGAAUUAUAAUGGAGAGGAUAGUGCUGGUGGAGUUAUACCCCAGGUGAUGAGAACAAUAUUCAACCGGGUUAAGGAUAUCAAAGACGAGUCAUCUGAGCUUUUAAUCCGGGUAUCUUUUAUUGAGAUUUUCAAGGAAGAGGUAUAUGAUCUGCUGGAUCCUAAUUCUUCUAAAGGAGAAUUAGCUGGAAAUGCGAAGUUUUCCGGGCCAGCUAGAGUUCCAAUUCAAAUUAGGGAGACUUAUAGUGGGGGGAUAACCCUGGCUGGUGUGACAGAGCCAGAAGUCAAGACUAAAGAAGAAAUGUCUUCUUAUCUAUCUCGUGGUUCCAUGUCACGUGCAACCGGGAGUACAAACAUGAACAGUCAGUCAAGUCGUUCACAUGCAAUAUUCACCAUCACAAUGGAACAGAAGAAUGGUGACGAUGUCUUAUGUGCAAAGUUACAUCUAGUUGAUCUUGCUGGUUCUGAACGAGCAAAAAGAACUGGGGCAGAUGGAAUGAGAUUAAAAGAAGGAAUUCAUAUCAACAAGGGAUUGUUGACUCUUGGAAAUGUAAUAAGUGCGCUGGGGGAUGAAAAAAAACGAAAAGAAGGAGGUCACGUACCGUACAGAGAUAGCAAGUUAACACGACUAUUGCAGGAUUCUCUUGGAGGGAACAGCAAAACGGUGAUGAUAGCUUGUGUUAGUCCCGCAGACACCAAUGUUGAAGAGACAUUGAAUACAUUAAAGUAUGCAAAUCGCGCGCGAAACAUACAGAACAAGGCAAUUAUUAAUCGUGAUCCAAUGGGCGCCCAGCAGCAAAGACUGCAAAGCCGUAUUGACCAAUUAGAGGCUGAACUUCUAUGUUUUAAAGGUCUUGGUGGUGGACCAUUUGAGGAAAUUCAGAUCCUCAAACACAAGGUAUCCUUACUCGAAGCAAGCAAUGCAGAGCUACAGCGCGAGCUUCAUGCACGUGGACAAAUCUGUGAGAGUUUAAAACAGCGUGCCUGUGAUGCUCAGGUGGAGAAAGAUCAAUUGAUGGUGAAAAUAGAAGCAGCUCGAAAUGGUAAAUCUUGGGAUGAGAUUGACUCCAGUUCAAGCCAGGAAUGUGACCUGAUGAAAUCUUAUGUUUCAAAGAUCCAUGAUUUGGAAGAAGAACUGCUGCGCUUGAAAAAUUUGAAUGUGAAAUCAAGCAAUUUUCCUGAUUGGGCUGAUUCAGAUGAUCUCGAGUUCCAGUCAAAGAGUGGUUUAUUUGCAGGUGGCAAUGAGUAUUCUUCUGAUUGUGAUGUCAAACCUGUUGGUAUAACAGAUGAUGUGGAAACGGUGGAUGUUCGUGAAAAGGAGUUAGAACACUCUUCUGCUCAAGAAAAAUUGGACAGGGAACUCAAAGAAUUGGACAAGAAACUUGAACAAAAGGAGGCUGAAAUGAAACUGGUUAACAAUGCUUCAGUUCUCAAGCAACAUUAUGAAAAGAAACUUCUUGAGUUGGAACAUGAGAAAAAAUAUUUACAGAGAGAAAUUGAAGAACUCAAAUCCACCUCUGGUGAUAGCACUCACAAACUAAAAGAAGAAUAUCUUCAAAAAUUAAACGCACUUGAAUCACAGGUCUCUGAGCUGAAGAAGAAACAGGAUGCUCAAGCUCAUCUGUUGAGACAAAAACAGAAAGGUGAUGAAGCUGCAAAGAAACUGCAGGAUGAGAUCCAAAGAAUUAAAUCUCAAAAGGUUCAACUGCAACAUAAAAUUAAGCAAGAAUCUGAACAAUUUAGGUUAUGGAAAGCUUCUCGUGAAAAGGAAGUUCUCCAGCUUAAAAAAGAGGGGAGAAAGAACGAAUAUGAAAGACAUAAGCUGUUAGCGUUGAAUCAGAGAACAAAGAUGGUGUUGCAAAGGAAGACAGAAGAAGCAUCCUUGGCUACAAAAAGGCUAAAAGAACUUUUGGAAUCUCGGAAGGCCUCCUCACGUGAAACUGGUGGCAUCAGUGGUCCAGGAAUUCAGGCUUUGAUGAAGGCAAUAGAGCAUGAACUUGAAGUUACUGUCCGAGUGCAUGAAGUGCGUUCAGAGUAUCAACGUCAAAUGGAAGUGAGGGCUGAAAUGGCCAAGGAGAGUGCCCGGUUAAAAGAAGAAGCAGAGACGAUGAAGCUAAACAAUCCAAGUGGUGUAUCAAUGUCACCUGCUGCAAGAAGUUCAAGGAUUUUUGCCCUUGAUAAUAUGCUUGCUACUUCUUCUACAACACUAGUUUCUAUGGCAUCUCAAUUAUCAGAAGCUGAAGAGCGGGAGAGAGUUUUCAGUGGCAAGGGACGUUGGAACCAAGUCCGGUCCCUUGCUGAUGCCAAGAAUUUGAUGAACUAUUUAUUCAAUCUUGCAUCUACCUCUAGGUGUUCUUUGCGAGAAAAAGAAUUUAUCUGCAGAGAUAAGGACAUGGAAAUAAGUUAUCUAAAGGAGAAAAUAGUUAGUCUAAGAGGUUCAAUUGAACAGUUGAAAAUGCAGAGGGAUGGACUUGAUCAUCAAUUGAAUUUGAUGAGGUCAGAUUCUAUGCGAAAUUCAGGAUAUUAUGUUGGAGGACAUCCUUAUGACUUGCGCAAGCUGGAAAAUCGGCGAUCUACCAUUGAGGAUAUGGAAAUAUAUAUGGAAAUAUCAGAUGAAGAUGAAGUUGCAGAUGCAACAGAUGAUGAAUGGACAGAGUCUGCGAAACCGAACGGUAAGAAAAGAAAAUCUAAAAGCGGCGAACAUUCAACCAUCGAAAAAAAUCAUUCAAAUGUAAGUUCGGAUGAUGUCAAAGAUAUUUCAACAGAAGCACCCGAUGCUCCAUCAGUAAAAACUGCAUCAGAUGUUUGCUGCUCGUGUAGCAAAUCCUCUUCUUGCAAAACAUCAAAAUGCAUGUGCAGGGCUACUGGAGUUGGUUGUGGAAGUUCUUGCAGUUGCCGGGAAUCCAAGUGUGCAAACAGGGGGGGAUCUAGCUCCAAUGAGCUGCAGCAAGUGACUGAAAAUGAUUCCGGCAGCGACGAAGCAAAUAAAAACCGCCUUCUUGCUACUCAAGGUGCUGAGUUGCUUCAGGGUGCAUUGAUUGAGGGGCCUCCUGAAACCAAGAAUGGUAAUGCGCCAAGAAAAGCUCUCUCUGACAUUGGAAAUGCACUGCCAAAAUCAAAUGCAACGAAGGGUAACGAGAGAAAGAAAUGGCGGAACUCCUCAGUGGUUCUUGUUACAGAACCACCACCAUCUUCCUCGCUGCCAGGUGAUUCAGAUGUCCCCAAGAAAGAGAAGACUAACAUAAGUGAAGCAAAUGUAUAUGUGGAUAUACCACAGAAAAUGCAUCCUCCUAAAUUUGAAAAUGCUUCAAUGCCCCCAAAGCCGGAGGUUAAUGACACGAAAAUACCUUUGAGAAUACCACGGGCCAUGCAAAAGCAAGGGUCAUUAAGUACAAUCCUUCCAUUGGGGGAUAGGAAUGCUAGUAAGCAAGAUGAAUCAAUAAAAAAGGAGCCAGAAGUUGAUGCUACAAUUCCAAUUCGUCAAAAAAGAACAUUUGCAAAAGAGAACAAUGAGCUCUGAUAGUGCAAUCCUCCAUUUAUGAAGCAUGUCAAUGCCAUACUCUUAUGGCAAAUUCUUUUAAAGAGAUACCUGUGUUGUAUGUAUUGUUGAAAAAGAUGUAUAUUAGUCGGCAAAAUGGUAGGGUUUUAUUUCAAGAUUAUUAUGAGAUGUGAUGGUGACCUACGGAUUAUCACGGUCUAACCAGACAUCAACAGGAGUUGAAUUAAUACAAUUAUGUAUCCAUUAGUUAUUAUGUUUCUUAAUUUGACAAUUUCUCAUCCCACAUUUGUUAAAUGGUGUGCACAUCUGAAAUUACAAAAUGUUUUUAGGUGGAUUUGGAGAUUCGUGGUCGUAGUCACAUUUGUUAAACAUAUAUAUUUUUUUUAUCAAUCAAUAAAAAAGGAGCUAGAAGUUGAUGCUACAAUUCCAAUUCGUCAAAAAAGAACAUUUGCAAAAGAGAACAAUGAGCUCUGAUAGUGCAAUCCUCCAUUUAUGAAGCAUGUCAAUGCCAUACUCUUAUGGCAAAUUCUUUUAAAGAGAUUGUAUGUAUUGUUGAAAAAGAUGUAUAUUGGUUGGCAAAAUGGUAGGGUUUUAUUUCAAGAUUAUUAUGAGAUGUGAUGGUGACCUACGGAUUAUCACGGCCUAACCAGACAUCAACAGGAGUUGAAUUAAUACAAUUAUGUAUCCAUUAGUUAUUAUGUUUCUUAAUUUGACAAUUUCUCAUCCCACAUUUGUUAAAUGGUGUGCACAUCUGAAAUUACAAAAUGUUUUUAGGUGGAUUCGGAGAUUCGUGGUCGUAGUCACAUUUGUUAAACAUAUAUAUAUUUUUUAUCAAUCAAUAAAAAAGGAGCCAGAAGUUGAUGCUACAAUUCCAAUUCGUCAAAAAAGAACAUUUGCAAAAGAGAACAAUGAGCUCUGAUAGUGCAAUCCUCCAUUUAUGAAGCAUGUCAAUGCCAUACUCUUAUGGCAAAUUCUUUUAAAGAGAUACCUGUGUUGUAUGUAUUGUUGAAAAAGAUGUAUAUUAGUUGGCAAAAUGGUAGGGUUUUAUUUCAAGAUUAUUAUGAGAUGUGAUGGUGACCUACGGAUUAUCACGGCCUAACCAAACAUCAACAGUAGUUGAAUUAAUACAAUUAUGUAUCCAUUAGUUA